AAUCCAAUACUAAAACGCUUCGUAUUUUGGUUAACCAAGAAGUUUUUUAUUAGAAUUCUCCUAAUUAAUCUUCCUAUAAAAGCCCAUCUCUCCAAGCUUCAUGAGCUUUUCCAUGCUUCCUGGUCUGGUCACAUUGCUUUUUCAAACCAAAGUUUCUGCUUGACGCAGAGCUUUCUCUUCUUCAACAAGAGCUUCGUUAGCUCUUCGUUGGAUUUGUUUUAAGGAUGCCUAGCGUCAUCCCUGAUCCAUCCGAUAAGGAUUCAGAGCCCUUCGUUGAGGUCGACCCCACCGGACGCUACGGCCGUUACGGUGAACUUCUAGGCUCCGGCGCAGUGAAAAAAGUUUACCGGGCAUUUGAUCAAGAAGAAGGAAUAGAGGUUGCAUGGAAUCAAGUCAAAUUAAGAAACUUCUCUAACGAUCCAACGAUGAUCGACAGGCUUUACUCAGAGGUUCGAUUGUUAAGAAGCUUAACCAACAAGAAUAUCAUUUCUUUGUACAAUGUUUGGCGCGACGAAGAUCAUAAUACUUUGAAUUUCAUAACUGAAGUUUGUACUUCGGGGAAUUUGAGGGUAUAUAGGAAGAAACACAGGCAAGUUUCAAUAAAGGCACUCAAGAAAUGGUCCAAACAAAUCUUGAAAGGCUUGAAUUAUUUGCAUACGCAUGAGCCUUGCAUCAUUCACAGAGAUCUCAAUUGCAGCAACUUGUUUGUCAAUGGGAAUAUCGGCCAGGUUAAGAUUGGUGAUCUUGGGCUGGCUGCUACAGUGGGGAAGAGUCAUUUAGCACAUUCAAUUCUUGGGACACCAGAAUUUAUGGCACCUGAGCUGUAUGAGGAGGAUUACACAGAAAUGGUGGACAUAUAUUCAUUUGGUAUGUGUGUGUUAGAGAUGGUGACUUUGGAAAUUCCAUAUGGUGAAUGUGAAAAUGUUGCAAGAAUAUACAAGAAGGUUUCCUCUGGAGUUAGGCCUCAGGCCUUAAGCAAGGUUAGGGACCCUCAAGUUAGGGCAUUCAUUGAGAAAUGCAUUGCUCAGCCUAGAGCAAGGCCUUCUGCUGCAGAUCUCCUCAAAGAUCCAUUCUUUGAUGGAAUUGAUGAUGAUGACGAAGAUGAUAAUACGUCUUGUUCAUGAUGUACAUUAUUAAUAUUGAUGAUUGUGUUUUUGUUAAUGAUACGAAUCAUAUUUAGAAGUGUACGUCUCAAUUAGCUUAUAGAUGUCAUUCUUGUCCACACACAACACCCACACCCCCUCCCUCCUUUUACUUUUUUCCCUAAUUCUUCCCUUUUCUUGUUUCCUUUUUAUUUCUGAUUAUUGGAGGCACAUGGGGAGGAUAAAUUUCUUUUCUUUUUCUUUUGUAUCCUUUGAAAAGAGAAAUUGGGUAAAGAAUAAAUUUGAAAAGAGAAGGAUAUGAGGGAGCAGUCAUCAUUCAAAGAUGGAUGAUAUUGUUUUAUAAAAAAGUUCAAGCAUGAAAUUAAAGAAUCAUGGGAUAAGCUUGUGGGUAUUUUAUUGAUGAACACAAGGCAAUUUCAAAUAAUAUGUUGUUUGCUGGA